AAUAAGAGACGGUCCGACUCCGCUGUCAUCACCAAAACAUUCGACUCAUAAAGAGGCCGUGGCGGCUGCAUGAAAGAAAAAGAGACAGACAGUUUCACAGUCACUGCCCCAAAUCUCUCACUUCUAGACAUCGAGUCGUGGUUUCUCGCAGUCCAGUUCCACCGCCAGCAUGUCUUUCCACAUUGAGAACCCAGCCGUCGGCGACCCGCACAACUCAGAAGACUGGCGCAUUCGCGGCUACAAUCCUCUCACCCCGCCUGAUCUGCUGCAGAGCGAGAUCCCUCAGACAGCCAAAUCCCGCGACACCGUGCUCAAGGCUCGCGACGAAGCCGUCGCCAUUGUCCAGGGCAAAGAUGCACAGAAGCGACUGCUCGUCGUCAUCGGCCCGUGCUCUAUCCACGAUCCCGCCGCUGCUCUCGACUACUGCGACCGUCUGCUGAAGCUCAAGGAAAAGUACCAGGAUGACCUCCUCAUCGUCAUGCGCUCGUACCUCGAGAAGCCCCGCACCACGGUCGGCUGGAAGGGCCUGAUCAACGACCCUGACAUCGACAACAGCUUCAAGAUCAACAAGGGUCUGCGCAUCUCGCGACAGCUCUUUGCCGACUUGACGGAGAAGGGCAUGCCGCUGGCGAGCGAGAUGUUGGAUACUAUCUCGCCCCAGUUCUUGGCUGACAUGUUCAGCGUGGGAGCCAUUGGCGCCAGAACCACCGAGUCGCAACUGCACCGCGAACUCGCCUCUGGUCUGUCUUUCCCUGUAGGCUUCAAGAACGGUACAGACGGCACCCUUGACGUCGCCAUCGACGCCAUCGGUUCAGCCAAGCACCCCCACCACUUCCUCUCCGUCACCAAACCCGGCGUCGUCGCCAUUGUCGGCACAAUUGGCAAUGACGACUGCUUCAUCAUCCUGCGCGGCGGCAAGAAGGGAACAAACUACGAUGCAAAGAGCGUCAAGGAGGCGCGCGAGAAGCUCGAGUCAAAGGGUAUGAACUCGCGCCUCAUGGUUGACUGCAGCCACGGCAACUCGGAGAAAAACCACAUGAACCAGCCCAAGGUUGCCCACGCCGUCGCCGAGCAGAUUGAAGCCGGCGAGACGGCCAUCAUGGGCGUCAUGAUUGAGAGCAAUAUUAAGGCUGGUACACAAAAGGUGCCCAAGGAAGGAAAGGCUGGUCUCGAGUACGGUAUGUCGAUUACGGAUGCGUGCAUUGACUGGGAGACGACCGAGACAGUGCUUGAGGACCUCGCUGCAGCUGUGUCAAAGAGGAGGACACUUCUCGGCCAGAAUGGCGCAAGCUAAAAAGACGCCAGUCUCUCUGUGGAAAAAAAAGGACACGGUAGGCGUGGCGUAUACAAGGCAUGGUGCAUGGCGUUUCCCCUUGACUGUUCAAAAGCCGUUUGGAUCAAUGGCGAAAACGAUGAAUU